GCGCCCGCGUCUCCUGCUCGGCCAUUUUGACUGGAGAAAUAAUGUCAGAAUCUGUUUCUGCUCACAGUUUAAUGGUCUGAAGGGGCCAGAGCUGAAGCAGGGCUGCUGUAGGAGGGAAGAUAUCGGGGAUCUAUGGAUACAGGACAAUGUCUCGCCAAUCAAACAUCACAUUUACUCUCUGACAGGCUUACACUACGGCUCCGAUCACAGAUUGCUGUUUAUCUGACACCUCCAAGUGUUCCUGGUGCCUGUGUUGUAAUGUGAGGAGGCCUUGCAGAUGGAUGUGUUAUAUGACCACUGAGCACUCAGUCUAGUAAACCAAGGUGUGUAAACUGCUCUCUGCAUCCCAACUAAGGACACACACCAUCUGACUGAAGGCUCUCUCCCUCUCUCUCUCUCUCUCUCUUUCUGUAAGCUGCAGUCAUGUUCUGGAAGUUCGACCUGCACAGCUCCUCUCAGAUUGAGAAGCUCUUGGAGAAGGAGGACGUGACUCUACAGGAGCUGCUGGAUGAAGAAGAUGUGCUGCAGGAGUGCAAGGCCCAGAACCAGCGCCUCCUCCUCUUCCUCACUCGGGACAGCAGCAUGCUGGAGCUCCUCAACCUCAUCACACACGAGCCCCCUGCUGACCGGGAGGAGAAACUGCGCUACAAGUAUGCUAAUGUAGCAUGUGAGUUGUUGACAUGCGAUGUGUCCCUCAUCAAUGAUAAAGUUGGUGGAGAUGAGGCUCUGCUGAACACACUCUAUAGUUUCCUAGAGCAGAAGUCAGCGCUCAAUCCUCUACUGGCCUCCUUCUUCACUAAGGCCUUCGGCAACCUCAUCUGCCGCAAGACAGAGCAGGUACUUGGUUUCCUAAAGAACAAGGAGGAUUUCAUAGGGCAGGUGUUGAAACACUUGGACACGUCGGCCAUGAUGGAUCUGGUGCUGCGUCUCAUUAGCUGCGUGGAGCCCGUCGGUCUCAGACAGGAAGUGCUAACUUGGCUGAAUGACGAGAGGCUGAUCCAGAGACUCAUUGAGCUGAUACACCCUCACAGCGACGGUGAGAUGCAGUCAAACGCAUCUCAGACGCUGUGUGACAUCAUCCGUCUGAGCAGAGAUCAGGCCAGUCUGCUGCAAGAGACGUCAGAGACCGACCCUCUGCUCACAACACUAGAGCUACAGCAGAAUGUUGAGGCGCUAUUGAAGAACAUGUUUGAAGGGGAAAAGAGUGAAGUGUGCAUUGUCAAUGGAACUCAAGUUUUACUCGCACUGUUGGAAACUCGUAGACCGGGUGUUGAGCAGGUGAUUGACCCGUGCUCUCAGGGAUUGGAAAAGUCUUACACUGUAAACAACAGCAUUUUAAUGGGCAUCCAGCCACAUCUAAAGAACUUCCACCACCUUCUGUUAAACCCACCCAAGAAAUGUGUGAUGUUGACCACGAUGGGCGUUCUGGAGGAGCCGUUCGGCAAUACGCGACUGCAUGCAUCCAGACUGAUGGCUGCGCUUCUGUACACCAGAGCUCCCAGAAUCCACCUGGAGCUCUGCCAGCUGAACAUGAUCAACCUGCUGCUGGAUUUGUUUUUCAAAUUCUCCUGGAAUAACUUCCUACACAUCCAAGUAGAGCAUUGUAUCUCUGCCAUCCUUAACCAGACGACCCCGAACGGGAAAACACACGACAGUCCAGAUCAGAUUCAGCUGGAAACACAAGACACACAAAACUCCGACAAAUCUGACAUGUUCACAUGCUGUGACAUGAUAAAGCAUCUUCUGAAGGACUGCAGGCUGGUUCAGAGGAUUUUGGAUGCUUGGGAGGAAAAUGACAAAACGCAGGAAGCUGGAGGCAUGAGAAAAGGCUAUAUGGGUCAUCUGACCAGGAUUGCCAACACAGUGGUGCAGAAUGCAGAAAGAGAACAGGAACAAACCCAAAUAGCACAGCUAAUAAAAGAGCUACCAGAGGACUAUAAAGCACGCUGGGAGCAGUUUGUGAAUGAAACGCUAACAGAAACUAACAAGAGGAACACCGCAGACCUGGUGAGAUCUCUCACAGAGACAAUCGUAGGGAGUAUUUUUACAAUCUGCAAAUCGCCUUUAAUAAGCAUCUUUCUCUUAACACAGGUGUUCUCAGAUUAUCAGAUCCAGCAAAUGACGGCCAACUUUGUUGAUCAGUUUGGACUGAAUGACGAUGAAUUCGGAGACCAUGACGGCAGAAUCAGCACCACGUUCGAUCGAAUCACAGAGAUCAAAUUUAACCUGGUGGAUGAGGGGGCAAGCUCUGCCGUCUUUGAGACUCGCACAAAAGAGCGAAUCCGACCAUUUGAUGAUGCGGAGGAGGAGGAAGAUAUUUGGGAGGAUAAAGAAAUCAACUAUGUAACCAAAGGGAAAUCCAGAAGCAGGUUUGGGCUGGUGACAAACGCUCAGAAGAGCGAGGCAGAUUGUGGCUCUCGCAGACGUCUGGGGUCACCUGACAUGGAGUGGUUUCCAGAGACCAAACAAACUCAAGAAAAUACCAAGAACCAGGAAAUGGACAAGCAGUCCAGUGAUCCGCAAAGUCCUGGAUGGAUCGCGAGUUUUGAAGACGACUUCAGCUGUCGGGAUUUCACGAGUAUCGCGAUCGAUACGGGCUCCAGUGUGUGGGGGAGCUCUACCGCCCAGCUCAGUGAGACAGAGGAGAAGGGGUGGGCCACUUUCACAGACUUCCAGCCCUUCUGCUGUUCAGAUGCAGGACCCAGAUGCAGUUCACCUGUGGACUCGGAGAACCCAAACAAAACGAGCCAAAAUGAAGAAAUCAAAGGCUCGUCAGCGUGUGUGUGGAGUGUGUGUGGGGCGAGGAAGGCUCCGCUGGUGGCGUCCGACAGCAGCUCCAGUGAGUCAGACAGUGAGGAAGAGGAGGACCGAACCAACAUCAUCACAGAGAGCGUCCCCACAGCCAAUGCCAAGGACAAUGUUAAACUCAGUGUAGAUGCAAAGAAUGAGAAGGCAGUCUUCAUCAGUGAAUCGAAUCCCAGAGCAACAGGAAGCAUCACUGGUCCUCAGUCACCUAAGGAGCAGAAAGGUGACUCCAGUAGUAACUGCCCAAUGUAACAGCGUUUCACCUGCCGCUCGGCUCCAUCAUCCUGACUGCUGUUACUACACCCAUCAAAUGUUAAAGGCCGUGGCUUCCUGUUUUCAAACACGUUUCCUCUCCCCCUGGAAUUUGCUGUUUCCAUCGGUCUGCCGUAGAGUUACGUGGGUUUUUUGGUUUGAGCAUAAGUGGUACUGUAGUUGAUCUCUGUCUUCCCUAAUGAAAACAUCUUCACUUGUUGGGAACACUGACCUUUGAACCCUGUGAGUGGGGCCCCACUACAGUCUGUGUGUGUGUGUGUGUGUGUGUGUUGUGGAACUAGAAUAUAAUGCUCAUCCACAGGCGAAUUCUCAUGUAUGCGUAAAUAUGCUUGGUUCAUCUACAGGUGUGAUUUAUAGUGUUCAUUUUAUGUUUCUGAAACAGUAUUUUCCACUUAGAACAGGCAAGAGAACAAGUCUGUGUGUGUGUGUGUGUGUGUGUGUGUUCUGUCUCGAUCGAUAUCUCUGUUUGCUGUAGCCCUUGGGCCCGGUACUGAUUUGAUUUUGGUACUGAUAUGUUUGCACUCAUGUUUCCACAGCAUUUAUGUUUCCAGCUUCACCCGUCAUCCACAAAACACAAAUAUAGGAGCAAAAAUAAUUGGGAGCUGGUCUUAAUAUUUCUGUUUUGUUGUAGGCUGUUAUUAUAUGAAAGUAUGGAACCUUGUUUCCACCACAGACUAGAAAAAACAUUAAGGUAAUUGCAUAUUUUUUAACUCAGAAUUGAGUUAAGAAAAAAAUUGCAAGAUGUAAAAUUAUAAUUGUGAGAUAUAAACUUGCAGUUCUGAGGGGGGAAAAAUCUGAAUUGUGAGGAAAAGUCACUUUUAUUAUUAUUAUUAUUAUUAUUAUUUUAUUCUGUAGUAGAAACAAGCUUCAAUAUAAAAGGGGAAAUUCACCUAAAAAUAAAAAUGUACUCAUGUUUUUCCAAACAUGAAGGACUUUCUUCUAAAGAACACAAAAGAAGAUACUUAAUAGAAUGUUCAUGCUGCUCUUUUUCACAGAAUGUAAGCAGACGGUAAUUUAUACUGUCAAGUUUCAAAAAAGACUAAAUAGAACCUUGUAAUUAGUCAUAAUAACAAAAAAAAAAACUGACCUAAAUAUUGUGAAACUGUUUGUGAAAAAGUUCCAUCAUAGCAUUUAAAUCUCAUUUGCAUUUAUUUAGACUUGCUGCAUCCUGAUUGGUCAAAACACCAGGAAAAAAAAAUAAUUAUUAGCUUUAAACUUGCAUUGUGUUUUAUAGCCGAUUUGUUCACCUUCAACAAAUGAUGAUUUAAAUUUGUUUUCCUCACACACAUAGUUAUCAGAAGAACAACGUCUCCUUUUAUGUUCCAUGAAGGAAAAAGGCAUGUUUGGGGUGAGUAAAUGAUGAGUGUUUAGGUUUUUGAGUGAACUAUCCCUUGUAACCUGUUUCUGUAAGACUGUGUGAUUCUUCUUGUGUCAGUGGUUGGUAUCAGAAUGAACUCAGGUGAACGUCGUGUGCCAGACAGAGUCUGUGUGCAAAAGAAGAACCGAGGGCGCACGCGUGCCUUGAAAUAUCCGAGAAUGACACGUCAGUGUUUAACACGUGCACAUAUAUCUUUAAUCACAUCUUCCUAUAUCACUGUCAGGUCUUAGUAAUAAUUGUCGAUGUGUAUUCUUUAUGAUAUGUUCACUUAAUAUUAUAUUUUUUAUGACUAAUUACUAGCGAAACACUAGAACACUGCAGUGUCCAUUUGAAUCUAGAGUGAUAGCAAUAAUAGUAUGAAUAAUUUCUUGGGUUUGUUUUGUUUUAGUAAUGUAGUCUUGAAAUGUGCACACAAACGGUUUGUGAGAGCAUGUGUGUGUGUGAGAAUGUUGAAGAGGCUCAGUGUGUUUUCAGUUUGUUUUUGCACUUUUAAAAACUUGAUUUUGAUACCAAAUGCAAUGGGAUGUUAGUGGCGGUCCGAUAACGAGAUUCCUCGGUCGGAGUUUGGUCUAUGUGCAUUUUUUGAGUUUACAAGUCGUCUGUUGUGUAGUUAAAAUUGCAGACGUUUCCAUGUGCGAGUGUGUUUGUGAGCGAGACCGGAGAGAAAUGUCGACUGAUCGGUACUAGGCUCUGUGCUUGAAUGUAAUUCAUAUUUGUAUGUUUAUUUUUAUUUUCUUAUAUUGUUUUUGCCAAAUAUUUUGCGUCUUUCCCCCGUUAUGGAUGAGAGAGUUCUAUUCUCACAGAGACUGAAUUCUUUCUCAUUGCUCAUCGUAAAUUUGUUGUUAUCCUACCACUUAGUUGUGGUAUUUACUAGAAAUACAAGGUAACACACUAAACCCUCUUUAUCUCGUCUUCCGCGUACAUACAGGUCUGUAUUCACCACUUUUUCAGUGUAAGAGGCAUUUCCCCCGAUGUCUAGAUGUUUAGUUGACCUGUCAGAUACCGUAAACGGGUUUAGCGAGUUUUUCUGGUUUUAAUGAUUUUUGUCAUUUGCUCCGAUGCAUUAGCAGAACAUGAAUGAGAAGGGAACAGAGUUUUUAUCAAAACUGUGAUGUAAGAAUUGUGUUACUAUAAUGUCACAAUUUGUGAUUCUAAUUUUCACAUUCUUUCAGUUAGUUUCAUAUCUCCUUCUUCCACCACACCACCAUAAAAAAAUAGAUGCAUCACAACUUUCUUUUCAGCCCUUGUAUGUAUUCAUGUACCCGAAAACACAAACGCAUACUGUAUGUUAUUAACUGGUACAGUAUUUUGUGUUAUAUUCUGCCUUGAGCAUCUGUCCAUGGUGUGAAACUGGAACACAGGUCUGUUGUCAUAGUCAAAUGCCUUUUUAAUGUAUACUGAUGCUGGUGGUUACUUUUUAUCUUUUUUUUUUUUUUUUUUUUGUGAAAUGCAAUACUGUACCUGUUAUCUGUUGUCAGAGUUAGGCUUUAAAAUCAGAUAUCAAACAAAUAAAUAUUUCAAAUGUG